CUGGCGAUCAAUGGCGAAAAAGUGUUGGAAAAAGUUGUAGUAGCUGCUGCAUUGUGGAUGCUGAUGAGCAUUGGCUGCUGCGCUAAAGUGGAUAAUACAGGCUGCCCUGAAAGCUUCAAGGGGCGUUGCAAAUGUGGAAAUAUUACUUCCAUUUACUCCAGCACCAAUAAAUUCACUGUCAGUUGUACAGAUUCUGGUUUUACAAAUGCUUCAAUGUUACAAGAUAUCCCAGAAAACACUGAAAUUCUCAUCUUCACUGGUAAUAAUGUGCCUGAACUGCCAUUUAAUAUCUUCAACAACUACUUAAAAUUAUUGGAUGUCUUGGAGACUGUAGACAUGUCCAAUAACAACAUACGCUUCAUUCAGGGUAAAUCAUUCCACAAGGUGUAUAAUGUAAAAACUUUAAUCUUGAAUCACAAUGCCUUAGAGAUCACAGACAAGAAAGAAAGGCCCAGAAUUUUCAGUAAUUUUGAGAGCCUGGAGAAUCUUCAUCUGACUAAUGCAUUUACUGAGGAUACAAAUGCCUCAGACUAUCUGCUGAGUCUUGACGAUAUCUUUUAUGAGAGUGAACUAAGCUUUCUGAAAAUAAUACAUUUAGAACAAAAUGAGAUUUGGAGUAUAGGAGAAAAUCCAAAGAUAUUUUGUCAACUGCCACAUCUUGAGCAAUUGCAUCUGGGUGACAACAGGCUCCUUGACUUUGACUUCCGGAUUGACUGUCUCCAUUCUCUGAGAUACAUAGAUUUGGAGAGGAACAUGAUUUCCAGGCUCUCUGGUAAAGCUAUGACUGAAUUAGAUUCUUUUGUGAAGAAUGUUUCCUCUUUUGAAAUAAAACUGGAAGAAAAUCCCUUUGUCUGUGACUGUCGCUCAUCAAACUUCAUCCAUUGGCUAAACUCUACACCAGUUGUUGUCCGAGACUGGAAGACAUUUGUAUGUCGAGAUGGGUAUCCUGACUCAAACACUGGGCAACUUCUUAGUAAGGUGCACAAGCUGAGCUGCCCUUCAAGUGGUAAAAUCAACAAUAAAAGCAAUAACUUACACACAGAGAAAGCUUUUCAUGACACUGCAAAUUACCAUGGUGGGCAUCAUAUCAUUGGGUAUUCUUCAGCUACUAUUGGUGCUUUGUCAUUCUUUUUAGUAUUCACAUCGUCAAUGCUGUUGGCUGUUGCAUAUUUCCACAAGCAGAAAAUUAAGGCCAUAGUUGCUCCUUGUGGGGAUUUCCUGACCAGAAAUAUUGGUUAUACAGGCAUUUCUGGUGAUGAGACUCCACGGGAGGUUAAUGUUUAGUAAAACACUCGCCUUGGAUAGCUUUGUCUGAGAUACAGUACACAGAUAAUAUUGAUAAUGUUCAUUAUCUGUUCUGUGGUUUUUAAAUAUAUAGACACUUUCUAUGUUUUAAAGGCAAUUAAGAUGUCUUCUUUAUAGGCAAUAAAGCAAGAUUUUAUGCAUUUUAAUCUUGUUUCACAAGGGAACAAUUAGCUGGAAAAUUGUGCCUAUUUUGAUUGUUGUGAUUGAAUGGAGCCAUUACUUAAUCUCCUUUUAAAGAUUUUACUAUAUUUUGAAGAGAAGAAACUACUGUACAGUAUACCGUAUGUUGAAUCAUAUUUGCAUACAUAUAAAGUAAUCACACAUCUUUUUGUGUCUAGCCAGAGUAAUUCAAUACAGUUAUUGAUUUUAGAGAUGCAGUAUGUUUAGGUAUUGUGUGAAAUCAUAUUCUCUUAUACUGUACUGUAUAGCAUUAUCCUAAGCCAGUACUUUCAGGCAGUUUUACAUUAUAUUGUAUAUUUAUGGCCAAUGAAUAUGUAAGUACUGUUCUCGUGAAAUACUGAGUUUUUAUUUAGUAAAACCAAGUUUAUGUGAUGUAACAAGGUAUAAUCUUGUAUCAUUACUGAUUGUUAACUAUCGUUUCCUGAGGCGAAACACUUGGGAAUUUUAGUGGAGUUACUGAAUUGAUCAUGAAAGCCUUUUAUAAGUGGUAAACAAAUAUGUUGAGUUUAACUCUUGAAAUAAAAAAAUAUUGUCAUGUUUAGGGUGUAAGACUUCCUUUUUCAUGGUAGCUAAGUACGUAUUGGCAGAAUGCACUACGUAUGUUGUGAACUCAUAAUAAGUGAGAUCUAGCAAGAGCUAAUCUGUGAUGUUUUAUGUAUCAGCUGUGUCAGAGCCAUUGAUUGUGAAAACCACCUUUGCUUAAGGUGUCUGUUUUAUGUUUCCUUUUUUAAGGUGUUCUUGGAUGAGAAUAAAUCAAUUUAAUGGAGAGAAAAAAUUACAUUGCUUUCUCUCUUGUGCAGUAUAUACAGUACAGUAUUUUAUCAAAUCAGUGUAAAGUAACAGGCAUCAUAAUAGUGCUGUUAGUGUGUGCAGAGUGGUUUACAAAAUGAUUAUAGUAAUAACAGUAACUAAUAAUAAUAAUUAUAUGUUACAAAGGCACUUCUAAAAAGUGGAGGUAACAUGAUUUGUUUUUUAGAUAGUUCUGAGUAUAUACUGUACAGUACCUUGAAAUUUGAAAAAAAAAACACAAACAAAAGGAUUAAGGGAUUGUCUAGAUUAAACUUAAUUUUUUUAAAUGUUUAUUAACAUAUA